CCGCGUCCCUGUGUGGGUGCUGCCGGGAUCACGCGGAUAACCGCGGUCAGCCCUUCGCUUAUCUCUCACCGGGACUGAGGGGAGCUGGGGCGGGCCGCUCGUCUCCCGGUGUGGGGACGGCCGGAUCAUCGGGAUCAGCCCUGCACCGGGACUGAGGGGAGCGGGAGCGGACUCCGACCGUGUCCCGGUGUAUUAGGAAGAUGGAGAAGACUUUGAACAGAAUUCAUCCAGUUUCUGAUCCAGAAGCAACCUAUUUUCUACAGGUGUCAUGGGAAAAGGAUUUAGGCACUGGCUUUGGUUUACUUCUUAGUGAUUGUCAGUGUGCCUGGACUGGGACAGCAUCUGAAGAGGACAUUUCUAGGGAGGCUGCUGACAUAGAAAUGGACAGAGAAAAAUAUGUGGAAGAACUGAGGAAAGCACUGAUAGCUCGAGGAGAGUCAGCUGGCAAAUACAACUUCGUGAUUUCAAGAGAUGAAAAGAAUAAGGCCUGUCAUUUCUCAUAUGAAAGGAACCUGAAUGACGGCUCUUUCAGACUUGGAUCUCUGAAGCUGCAAGAAGUCCCAAGUCCAGCAGAAGUGAUCAAGGAACUCAUUGGUUACUGCCUGGACAGCCUGGGAAAGCUGCAGGCCAAAACUGAGCAUCUGCAGAGAGAAAAUGAAAGGCUUUUCAGCAACUGGAGCAAUGUGGAGAAGAGGCUGGAAAAAUGCGUGGAAGCUAAAGAGGAGCUGGAGGCAGACCUUUACAGCAGGUUUGUUUUGGUGCUGAAUGAAAAGAAGGCAAAGAUAAGAAACUUGCAGAAGUUGUUGAGUGAAGCUAAAGAAUCUGCAGUGGAUGCCAAAUGUGCAAGGGAUAGUGUAGCUCCUACUGAGAUGGCUAUAAAGAGAGAAAACAACUAUGAUGCCAGCACUGAUGAGGAAAGUGAAAAUCUAGCACAGGCCUCGUUGCCAUCAGGACUAGAGCCUUGUAAAGUGUGUGGGAUGCAGUGAUGGCCCAUUAUACGGUACAAUAUAUUUAGCUGUGAAUCAGGGUUUUGGCAUGUUUGUGAUAAACUAUUGGGAAUACAUGGGGC